CCUCCCCCUCCCAUCCCCCUCCCCUCUCCCCAAACAAGAAGAAAACGGUAAUCUGAAGUCCCCAAUUCCGGAGCAAUGGAUUUCCAGAAACUUACAAGGAGAGAAUUGCAAGCUCUCUGCAAGAAGAACAAAAUUCCUGCAAACAUGACCAAUGCUGCCAUGGCCGACGCUCUGAAAGCUCUCCAGCUCGUUGAAGGAAUUGAAGAAUUGACGCAGCUGUCUCAAUCUGAAACUGCACAAUCAUCCACUGAAUCACCAGUGAGAUGCGAGGUAACGUCUCCCUAUGUGCCUCCAACUGGUGGCAGAAGCACACGCCGGAGAAAUGUUGCAAAAGAAGAGCCUGAAUCUGUGAAGCCAAUGACUAGGACUCGGGCUUGCAAGAGCAAGACCCUAGUUAAAGAUGCUGAUGAAUCACAGGAUGAUGUGACCGAAACUCCAGCAUUGGUGGCGCAAACUAAUAGAAAGAAGAGUCAGAUGGCCUCGGCCUGUCGGAAAAUGGAUUCCCAGUUGAUGGAAUGUGUAGAGGAGGAAAAGAAAGAUGUUUCAAUAACUCCUGCUCCAAUGGGAGUUACUAGCCGAACAAGAAGGGUGAAGGAAGAGAGUGCGGUUCAGAAAGUGUAUAGCACACGAGGGUCUGAGCAUUUCAAGAAGGAAUUGCUUACUAAAGAUGCUGGUGAAGAUGAGGAUAUGACUUUGAAAGAAGGCCCGAAUGAUUCUGAUGAAGUAUCAGAAAUUACUGGUACCGAUGCAAGCACAACUGCAGAUGAGAGUUCUCAGGAGAAAGAUAAAUCAGAAGUUGUUUCAGCUGAAGAACAGGUUAUAUCAAUGGUUCAAGAGAUCGAAGUGGCACCAGGCCUGCACUUUGAGGCAGAUGGUCCUAAGCCAGAGGUGAAGGAGAAUAGUGAUGUGGAAAAUGAGGAAACAGGAUCUUAUGAUGUUUGUACAUCUGAGAUUGAAGUUACAGUUGAAAACACAGAAGAAAAUGAUCUACAUUCCCAGGAAAGAGCCGUUGAAGGAAUUGAAGAAUUGAUGCAGCUGUCUCAAUCGGACUCGGCGUACGGCUUGGGGGUUAAAGAUGCUGAUGAAUCACAGGCUGAUGUAACCGAAACUCCAGCAUUGGUGGCGCAAACUAAUAGAAAGAAGAGUCAGAUGGCCUCAGCCUGUCGGAAAAUGGAUUCCCGGUGGAUGGAAUAUGUAGAGGAGGAAAAGAAAGAUGUUUCAAUGACUCCUGCUCGAAUGGGAGUUACUAGCCGAAGAAGAAGGGUGAAUGAAGAGAGUGCGGUUCAGAAAGUGUAUACGUCGGUCAGUUAG